UCUAUAGGGUCGUUUUGAGGGUAGGAGUUGAAACAGUUUAUAUCCAGGAUGUGAGCUUUUCCAGUUCCAAAAAAAACACACACACACUUCCUCACCUCUCAGCCUGCAGAGGGCGCCUCGUGGUCUCCUUUCCUCUCCAGCUCAGCUCCGACGCGGAAAGCUCCUCUUUCUCUCUCCUUCCCUCCUCCACUCCACCCCAGUAUUUGAAUGACAUCAGAGCUUGCGGGAGGGAGGAGGGGGGGAGGGCCUUCUUCCCGUGGGGAGGGGCUUCCCAAAAGCCUGCGGGUGGCAGAAGAAGGCCCCCGCAUCCCCUCCCGCCACUCUCUCUUCCCAAAAAAAAAAACUGGCUGCAAGCGGAGCCCGGCGGGCGCAGCUCCAUGGUGGUCCUCAUGUGGUCGGAGCUGCUGCCGGAGGAGCGCUCGGCCAGGGCUCUCCAAGCCGGCGGCGGCGGCAGCAGCAGCAACAGCCCCGAGCGCCUCUUCGAGGGCUGCCGCCGACUCCGCAACCUCUGGGAUGCGGUCCGCUUGGAAGUGGCCGCAGAGGAAGCUAGCCCGGUGGUCUUGCACAGUUUCACCCAGCUGGAUCCGGAUCUGCCCCCUCUGGAGAGCUCAACUCAAGAGAUCGGAGAAGAGUUUGAAGAUAGUGUGAUUUACAGUAUUUCUCUCCGGAAAGUUCAACUCCAUCAUACGGCCAACAAAGGCCAGCGAUGGCUGGGCUUUGAGAACGAGUCGGCCUUAAACCUCUACGAGACGUGCAAAGUGCGGACGAUCAAAGCCGGCACCUUAGAGAAGCUGGUGGAGUACCUGGUCUCGGCCUUCAAAGGCAACGAUUCGACCUACGUGACCAUCUUCCUCUGCACCUACCGGGCGUUCGCCACCACUAAGCAGGUCCUGGAUCUUCUGCUCAACCGGUAUGGGAAGUUCAACCACCAAGCCAAUGGAGAUCACCCGAGGCACACUGUGGAUGAGAAGCUGGAGUUGAAAAACACCAUUUCGUCCAUCCUGGGAGCCUGGCUCGAUCAAUACUCCGAAGACUUCCGCAAGCCGCCGGAUUACACCUGCCUUAAGCAGCUGAUCAUUUACGUCCGGCUUAAUAUCCCCGGCUCGGAUUUGGAGAGGCGAGCGCGAAUCCUCUUCACUCAGUUCCAGCAACAAGAGCGGGCCGAGGUUGAAACGGAAGAUCAUCCCAGUUGCCCCCUGAGGUUGGAGGAGGAAAAUGGCCUGAGCGAAGGCAAGUCGGAGUUCUUGUCCUUUUCUCCGGAGAUGGCGGCCGAGCAGUUCACCCUGAUGGAUGCUGAGCUCUUUAAGAAAGUGGUGCCUUAUCACUGCCUCGGUUGCAUCUGGUCUCAGCGGGACAAGAAGGGGAAGGAGCAUUUGGCCCCCAGCAUCCGGGCCACCGUCUCCCAGUUCAACAGCAUCACCAAUUGCGUCAUCGCCACCUGCCUCGGGGACCGGAUGCUGAAGCCCCAGCAGAGAGCCAAAGUGGUGGAGCGAUGGAUCGAAGUCGCCCGGGAAUGCCGCAUCCUGAAGAAUUUCUCCUCCCUCCGAGCCAUCCUUUCUGCCCUGCAGUGCAAUGCAGUUCACAGGUUGAAAAAGACCUGGGACGAGGUGUCAAGGGAGAGCUGCCGCAUGUUCCACGAAUUAUCCGAAAUCUUUUCGGACGAGAACAAUCACUCGUUGAGCCGGGAGCUGCUGAUUAAGGAAGGGACUUCCAAGUUUGCCACGCUGGAGAUCAACCCCAAAAGAGCUCAGAAGCGCCUGCAGCAGCAACGAGAACUGGGUGUAAUGCAAGGGACGAUUCCUUACCUGGGCACUUUCUUGACCGACCUUGUAAUGCUGGACACAGCCAUGAAGGAUUAUUUAGACGGAGGCCUGAUCAAUUUCGAAAAAAGGAGGAAGGAGUUCGAAGUCAUCGCCCAGAUCAAGUUGCUUCAGUCGGCUUGUAACAAUUACAGCUUCAAGAAGGACGAUCGGUUUGGGACGUGGUUUCACGGCGUGGAACGGCUCAGUGAGGCUGAGAGCUACGGCCUUUCGUGUGAAAUUGAACCCUUGUCGGAAUCGGCCAGCAACACGCUGAAAGCCAAGAAGAACACGGGUAUCAUUAAGCGGUGGAGCGAUCGACAGGCCCCCAGUACCGAUUCCUGUGCCAGCGGCAGCUCUCACUCCAAGUCCUUUGACCAGUUGAAGUGCGGGCCGUAUCUCUGCAGCAGCGACGGGGCUGAUUCGGUCAGCAUCACCUCGGCGGGUUCCAGCAGCUCCGACGUGGAGGAGAUCAACAUCAGCUACAUUCCUGAUUCGCCCGAGGUUCAAGAGAAGAAGGUACAGGACCACGGCUCGCUGGGAUCUACUCGUGCCCAGGGGGUCAGGAGGCAGUUUUGGGAAUCUACCUCAUUGUCGUCCUUGGAUACAUCGGGUGUCGGGUCCAGUUCCAGCAGCGCUUCGUCAUCAUCCGUCUCCUCCACGCCGGUGACCGUAUCCCGUACGCACAAGCGCUCCGUCUCGGGCAUUUCCAGCUAUUCCUCUCUCUCGUUGCCUCUUUAUAACCAGCAGAUCGACGAUUGUUGUAUCAUCCGAGUCAGCUUGGCGGUUGAUAAUGGAAACAUGUAUAAAAGUAUUUUGGUGACGAGCCAGGAUAAAACCCCGGUGGUAAUUCGGAAAGCUAUGGCCAAACACAACCUGGAUGGGGAUCGGCCGGAAGAUUAUGAACUCAUCCAGAUCAUCUCCGAAGAGAGAGAGCUCAAAAUCCCCGACAACGCCAACGUCUUCUACGCCAUGAACUCGGCCGCCAACUACGACUUCAUGCUCAAGAAGCGAGGCUUCUCCAAAGUGAUCAAGAUCAAGCACGGCUCCAGCUCCACGCUUCCCCGGGUGAAACAGAGAGGCUUGAAAAUCGCCAAAGGCAUCUUCUAACUGGAAUGGGGAGGGGAGGUCUACCCCCCCUCCCAUCCCACUGACUCUCCAGGUUGCGGUCCUGCACUUCCACCCCCACCCCGGGCCCUUCUGUCUUAAGCCACGCCGGGGUGCGUGCAUGUGUGUGUGUGUGAGAGAGAGAAAGAGAUGAUGACACCUUCUAGUUGCGUAAGCCUCGGAUUUUCGCCCCGGGAACUUUUGAGACGUUGGCUGAGAUCUUCAAGAAGAAGCUCCUGCAGACUUGCUGAGCUUUUGGGAUGUGUUGGCAGAAGUUUUGUUCUUGCCUUUAAAAAAAGAGGUGUAUUGCUGAGUUUUUCUCUCCCCACCCCGCUCACUCCGGUCCUGGGGAGGAUUUUUAGCCUUUUGUUGUUGUUUUUUAAACGAAAAAACAGAAAAUACAAAAAUACAAAAUCCACCUCUCAAGAGCUAAAGGACUCCACAGCCUGGGGCUGCGUGAACUUCACCCGUCCACCGUUUCUGCCUUAUCUUCUGUUGACCAACCAAGGCUGGUGGCUUCUAAGCAGCCGAGUGUUUCCUUCCACCAUGGACGUACCAGAAGAGUAAAGGAUGUGGAAUUGGGGGGGGGGGAGGAAGGGAGGAAGCCCCGUUUUCGUAUCGUGUGGAAGACUCGACACUCGCCACGCACGAGAGAGAUCGAAAUAUGCUUUCGUGGUCCGGGAAAGUUUAAUUCAGGGCGAGAGCGGUGGGGGAGGGUGGCUUCGUCGGCUGGAGAUGGCCGGACCAAGCCACCAGAUAAAUUAACUUUCUCCAUUUUUAAAAAAAAUAUUAUUAUUAUUAUUAUCUGGCCUUUUUAUUUUCUUUAAGAAGACGAACCUGCACCAAAGAUCUAACAGCACUGGUUGUUUGUUUGUAUUUUUCUUUUUUUCUUUUCUUUUUUUUGUUCCAGUUGUCAAAUCCUCGGCUGACACACUAGAAGUUUAAAACAAAAAACAAAAAAACCCACACACUUAGCUUUUGUACAGACGUGUGUAAAUAAAAUUUGUGGGUUGGACGAAGAAAAGGGGAGGAAACGAGAAACUCUAAAGUGUGAGGCCACCCCUCACUGCCCGCCUCCACACACCACCCCAAUUUCGGCUCCUGACCCGAAUGGACAAAUGCCACUUUUGUGUUAACACGGACUUCAGCCCUGACUACUAAGUAGCUUCUGUGACUGAUUUAUUUUUUUUUUCUUCCUUUUUUGUAAAAAAAAAAGCCUCAGCAAGAAUUGAUCCUGCUUUUCCUGGAUUUACUAAUUUUCCCUCGAUAUUUAUUGUUUGUAAAUAGCCCGGUUGCAUUUCUACAUUUUACUAACCCUUUUUGUUUUCUGUUUUUUUUUUUUUUU